AUGGCCCCGGCCCGGGCCGCUGCUCUUCCAGCAGCAGGUCCCCCUGUCAGCCCCGCCCUCCCAGGGCCGCUAAGGUGUUGCGUGCCCUUGACGUCAGCACCUCUCCCCGUGGCUGUCCUAUUCCUCCUCCUUCUGUUCCUCUGUGGGCUUCCCCAGGCGGAAGCAGACAGCAUCCAGGCCAUCUAUGUGGUCUUGGGGGAGGCACCGGAGCUGCCAUGUCCUUCACCACCUGCUCUGCAUGGGAACGAAUUCCUGUCCUGGUUCCGCAGCCCGGCAGCAGGCUCCUCCACUGCUUUAGUGGCCCACGUCCAAGUGGCCAGGCCCUCCCCAGACCCUGGGAAGCCCAGAAGGGAAUCCAGGCUCAAACUGCUGGGAAACUACUCUUUGUGGCUGGAAGGGCCCAAGGGCAUGGACGUCGGGCGGUACUGGUGUGCUGUGCUGGGUCAGCGCUACAGGUACCAGAACUGGAGGGUGUAUGAUGUCUCCGUGCUCAGAGGAUCCCAGUUCUCUUCGAGGGCUGCAGAUGGAUCUUCCUGCUCUGUCCUCCUGUGUCCUGUGACCCCUGCCAGGAGCCUGGAUGCUGUGACCUGGCAGGAGGGGAAGGGUCCUGUGAAGGGGGAUGUGCAGUCCUUCUGGGGUGAUGGGGCUACCCUGCUUUUAGUGUGUCCUGGGGAGGGGCUUCCUGAGCCCAGGGCACAUAAAACCAGGAAUCAUAAACCAGGAAUCACCUGCUGCCUUGUGCCUCAGGACAAAGGGAUCAGCUUUAGCCUGGCAGCCUCCACGGAUGCCUCCCCUGCCCUCUAUGCCCCUUCUGCAAACUGGGAUGUGGCCUGGAUCCUGAAGCUGUUGCUCACAGUGGGCCAGGGAUUCACCAUUGUGGUCCUUGGCGUCAUGCUCUGGAGGCAGAGGGCCCAGGAGGCUUAACACAGAAACGCCUCAUUUCCUCAGUUCAAACCUGAGAUCCAGGCCUAUGAGAACAUUCAUUUGGCCCAUCUCAGGUGA